AUGGAUCAAUUGACACCGGAACAGCAAAACAAACUGCAGAGCUUCAAAGAAUUCACAUCUUACAAUGAGAGUGAUGAGCAAGAGAAAGUACUGAGACUGUUAACUGUCUGCAAUUGGGAUCUCGAAAUUGCAGUCGCUCGUUAUUUUGAUAAUGACUUCCCGACUUUGACAGAUGAGAGACCUCCAUUUCCAGUUCCCAAUGGAAUAGAUUCCCCAUUUGUCAGAUCUUUUGCUAACAUGGAGGCCGGUCCUUCCUCAACAAACACAUCUUCACGAGACUCGACUGCUCCUCGAGCUCUUGCUUUUGAUGACCCAUUUAUUGAUCUCAUUCCUAAGUUACCGAAGGCAAUUCCAAUUCACAACCGCUGGAAGCUGCAAUUAGGAAUAAAUACAAAUCAUCAAGAACGAAAAAGACCCACAUAUGCAUUACUACCACCUGUGAUUUUCAUUCUCAUGUUGUUCCCAAAACUAUUUUGGCUCGUGGGGUAUGGAUUGAACAAAUUGCUAGGUUCUGUCUUUCCCAAUUUAUUUAGGAUUCUUGGCCUGAGAGAAAGCCCCACAGAUUUUCCUUCGAAACCUAUUCAUACAUCGAAGGAAGCUGUCACGAGCUAUAACAUCAAGGCUUAUAUCAACGAUACAUUGGGUGAAACCAGUGAUCUUCCAAUAUUUGAAGGAAGUUUCAACGAAGCAUUUGAGAAAUCUAAAUCUGAACUAAAGUGGUUGAUGUGUAUUCUUCUCAAUUCAGAAAAGAAUAUCAGCACUCAGUUCGUGAAAUCGUAUCUCAAUCACGAGAGUUUUAUCAAUUUCAUCACAAAGAACGAUAUAAUUCUGUAUGUGGGAGAUGUGAACUAUCCUGAGCCUUUCGAAGUGGGUCAAACAUAUCAAGUUUACUCUGUUCCGUAUAUUAAUUUGAUCGCCAACGUGUCUGCAACUGGUACCACGUUCCCAUUGAUGUCAAUCGUUACCAGGCAUCACAAUUUUGAAACCUGCACCAAAGAAUACGCAAAGAAGCUCGUCAAACGUCUGCAAAAGAUCGUAGAUAAAUAUGAGCCACAACUAAUUACACAGAGAUAUGACAGACAGGAGACGGAACUUGCUCGACUAUUAAGAAGACAACAGGAUGAGGCAUACGAACAGUCUUUGUUGAACGAUAAAAUCAAGCAGGAGGAGAAGAAACAAAAAGAAGAGGAGCAACAAAGGAAGUUGGAAAAACUGAAACAGGAAGAAGAAGCAUUAAAGUUAAAACAAAAGCAGGAACUGGCUUUCCUCAAAAAUCACGUACAGUCAUUAUCUCAGAUAGAUGAGAAGAGUUGGGAGAAGGGUGAUUAUACCACAAUACAAUUAAGAAAUCACGAGGGCCAGCGAACAGUGAAGAAAUUCUACAAAGAUCAAACUUUGUAUGAUAUCUUCGUGUUUGUUGAGUGCAAAAAUUUCUUGCGCGUCCAAUCUAAGGAACUUGCGGUUCCCGAGGAAAACGUCUUAAAUCAGUUAGAGGUGGAAGAUGUGGCUUUGGAUAAUUAUGAACAUGAGUUCAGAUUCGAACUUAUAUCACCAAUGCCUCGCGUCAAAUUUCAUGCCGACCAAAACAAACUUUUGAAAGAUGUUAAGGAACUGUGGCCGAAUGGUUCACUGUUGAUCGAGCGGAUCGAAGAUGAAGAUGGCUUCGACGAGGAAACUGACGACUAA